CUGCUUCCGCGUGUGUCACGUGGCAGGUCUACACGGAAGAGGUAACAUCAUGGAGCGCACGGCGAGCUGCAGAGAGCGACCCUCCGUGACCGAGUGCUUUGACUGUCUGACAGAUGCGUACAGAUGUUUUCUGAUGGGCUCAUGUCCUAGCCAAGACGCCGCUGAUGUGGCGGGUGUGAUAUUUUCUGGGGUGUGUGGACUGGUGCCCGGGGAGAACAGAGAGUGUGCUCCUGCAGAGGACUGCCAUGAAAACAGUUGGGAGCUGACCUGCAUCAGUGUGACUCUGGUGGAGAAGAUGACCUGCCUGAUUUCUCAGAGCCAACCUCCUGAAGUCACGGCGUACUGUGCUGAGAUCCUUGGGGUGCUGUUUCAGGACAUGGAUCUCAUUUCACAACUUGUCCGUCAAUUCCAGACUGAGGACCAGAUUAUCUCUCAUCUAGCUGCAAAGAGUGUCUCAACAUGUGUUGUCUAUCAUCUCCACAAAUCUGCUACGGUAAGUCCUGUCUGGCAGCAGAAGUGUGUGCAGGCAUUUAACAGCUCACCCCCCGGUACUGAAUUGGAUGCCUGUCUGUGGUCACUGACUGAAGUCUUAAAAAGACUUAUUAAAGCAGCUCAUCAAGAGAUCAUUGGGAAACUUCUGGCAGCUUUUGACUCCAGCCUAAGUGCGUUAUGUUCAAAGUUUCUCCCUGAUGAGAGAAAAGAGGUAGCAAAGUGUUUGGUGGAUUUUACCAGCAGCAAACACUGGGAAACAACAUUCUGCCUCCUGCUGGACCUGCUUGAGGCACUGACUGCAUCCAGUUUGAUAUGUGGAGCUGGUCUGAAGUGUCAGAGAUUGACCCACAUUCACUCCUCAGCACUCCUGACUACGGUCAGCUUCUCCUCAGAGUAUUUUAUCAAAAAGCGAGCACUGCUGCUUCUGAAGAGAGCUGUGCUUCAGAAGACUGGAGAGGACUGGGCUUUAGGAGAAGUGCUGUCCACUGGGCUGAAGUAUGAGUACUUCGGCUCUGAUAUGAACAUGCUUUCUCAGACUGUGUUAUCAGCAGUGGUUGCUAAUUGGUUGCAGAGUGUUCAAGUGGAGUCUGCCUCUUUCUUUGGGGGAACCAGACUUGUCCAAGGUGAUGAAGGUCAGAAACCGGACUCUGUGAUACUGAGAGCUGUCAGCCUGCUUCUUCUCAAGUCCAUGGAGCUUCACAUACAAACAACUGGUACAACAGCAGGGGCGGACAGUGCCAUAGACGUUUAUGGGUAUUUAGAGAGGCUGUGGGGCUUCUUGAGGCGGUGCAGUGUCCAGCUGAUGGAAGUCACACACCUGUGCUGCUGGGUCAGCCUGCUGUUUGGAGAACAGGACGAUGACAUGAUGGAGGCAGCCAAAGCCUCGCUCUCCAUAUUCCUCCAUCACAGACUGUGUUCUGGGUUGGAUGACUUCACUGUGUUGGAGGCAGCUUGUGCGUCUGGCUGCAACCCUCACUGCCACUUCAUGCUUCUGCUUCAGAGCGUCUCCUUCGAUCACAGCAUCCUCCUUGACUUCCUCAUAUCCACUGAAACCUGCUUUCUGGAGUACUUUGUGCGGUACCUCAAGUACCUCAGAGCUGACUGGCAAGGUUUCACUGCAGCAUGUGAAAGAGUCAGCACAUCAGACUAUAAGGAGUCACUUACUUGCCCAUGUGAUGUUGAUAUGUCUGCACUGACAUAUAAAGGUGAGCCAGAUCAAGUUGAACUCAGCUCCUGUGUCCAGCCCACAGGUGUUAUUCCACCAAUGGAAAGGAUUGGUGUGGUUGCUGGGCUUCGCCUUGUAGAGUACGAUAGUUCUGAUGAAUCAAAUCCAGAGGACAUUGUGAUCUCUGAGGAUGAACCAGCGGCAUCUUUAUAUGAGAAAAGGGGAUGUACUGCCUUGGAUGUGAAACAGGAGACUAGUGGACAACCAGUAUUCACCGGACAGCAACAAUGUGAGUCAUUUGACUCAGCAGGAUCACUGAGUGAACCUAACUCCACACUUGAAAGAAGAACAGAAGGGCUUUCACUGCCAGUAUUACAGAGUAAGCAAAAACCAUGUACUAACAUGGCACCUCUGUCAGGGCAGGUGACCCGUGAAACAUUAGCCAGAGCAGUCCUCUGUUUGUCAGAGCUCAGAGAGGUGGUGACAAGGCUCCAGACAAAGAAACUUUUUCCAUACAAUCCUUCUUCACUCUUAAAGCUCUUAGGACAAGUUGAGAACUUUUCCCAUCAAUCACAUCUGUCACAGUUCAAUAAAUAAUAAA